CAGGCACUGCCGGCCACAGGGCGUCCUCGGUGCCGGCGCCUCAGCGGCAGGGCCUGUCGAAUCGGUGGACACCGCCCUCCCGCCUCUGCCGCCGCCGCCCCGCGCCCGCUGCGGCCCCGCGCAACCGCUGUCAGCCGCCCGCUCCGGCUACGGCCGCGCCUCGCGCCAUGGUGGCCCCCGGCGGUGCCCGACGGCCGCUUCUCCUGCUGCUGCUUGGCCUUGUGCAUGGUGCCUCCACAGUGUUUGUGGUGAAAAAUGGUAAUGGGACAGCUUGUAUAAUGGCCAACUUCUCUGCUGCCUUCUGGACAAGCUAUGAGACCAGCCAUGGCUUUCAGAAUGCAACCUUUGACCUGCCAUCCUCUGCAGAAGUACUGAAUAGCAGCUCUUGUGGUGGAGAAAAUGCUUCCAACCCCAGCCUCGCCAUUGCUUUUAGAAGCGGAUUUUUGCUGACCCUCAAUUUCACAAGGAAUGCAACACGCUACCGUGUGCAGCUCAUGCAUUUUGUUUAUAACUUGUCAGACACGCACCUUUUCCCCAAUGCAAGCUCCAAUGGAAGCAAGACCGUGGAGUUCAUAACUGACAUCAGGGCAGACAUAGACAAAAAAUACCGAUGUGUCAGCGCCACCCAGGUCCACAUGAGCAAUGUGACCAUCACACUCCGUGAUGCCACCAUCCAGGCCUACCUGUCAAACAACAACUUCAGCGAGGGAGAGACACGCUGCAAGCAGGACAUGCCUUCCCCAACCACAGUGCCUCCUGUGCCACCCAGACCUGCUCCAACAGCUGGGCCCAUAAACCCUUCUGUGUCCAAGUACAACGUGAGUGGUGACAACGGGACCUGCCUGCUGGCCAGCAUGGGACUGCAACUCAACAUCACGUACAUUCAGACGGACAACACGUCUGUGGUCAGAGUGUUAAACAUCAACCCAAACACCACCAAUUUCACCGGAAGCUGUGGUCCCCGUCUGGUGACCCUGGAGCUGCAGAAUGAGGCCAUUUUCCUGCUUUUCGAGUUUGGAAUGAAUGCAAGUUCUAGCCGGUUUUUCCUGCAAGGAAUCCAGUUGAACAUGACUCUUCCUGAUGUUAGAGAACACACAUUUCGAGCUGCCAACAGCUCACUGAGAGCCCUGCAGGCCACUGUCGGGAACUCAUACAAGUGCAACACCGAGGAACGCCUGUAUGUCACCCCAGCAUUCUCCCUCAACAUCUUCAGCGUGUGGGUGCAAGCUUUCAAGGUGGAGGGAGACAGGUUUGGGUCUGUGGAAGAGUGUCUGCUGGAUGGGAACAACAUGCUGAUCCCCAUUGCCGUGGGUGGCGCCCUGGCGGGGCUGGUCCUCAUCGUGCUCAUCGCCUACCUCAUCGGCAGGAAGAGGAGCCACGCUGGCUACCAGACCAUCUAGCCUGGCGGAUGCUCCAUGGACACACGGGGUCUGUGCUCAUGUCCCCGCUCUUAGAUCGCUGAGGAGGGGAGGCACACUUUCUGCAAACUGUUUUCAAAUCUGCUUUAUAAAAUGUGAAGUUCAUCUUGCAACAUUUACUAUGCACAAAGGAGUAACUAUUGAAAUGACGGUGUUAAUUUUGCUAACUGGGUUAAAUAUUUUGCUAACUGGUUAAAUGUUAAUAUUACCAAAGUAGAACUCUAAGGAGGGCAAGAAUGCUUUUCUGAAUUGGCACAGGCUCCACUUUCAUUCGGCGUUUUAAGAUUUGGUGUUUGGUUUCUUCAUUCUUUACUCAGAUUUAAGCCUUACAAAGGGAAUCUCUGGUCUGCACACUGGGUACAUUAGGCUGUCAUGCUUAAGAAACUAAAGGCAGUACAGCAGGAAAAUCCUACCCCAGAAGUGCUCUGAGGUGAGCAUCUGGAUGCUCAGAAUGCUGUCAGGUCAGGAGAGCCUGGCCCACGUUGCAGGGGCCAGCGUCCAUCUGGGGCGUGACCAUCAUUGUUUUCCAUGCUCUGCCAGCCAAGAGCCACACUUUUCUAAGUAUAGAAGGGGCGUUAUUUCUAUUUACUUUUUGUAAAGUGGUUUCCAGUCUUCUGUCGGCAUUCGGGGUGACCCUGUUUCUGCACUGUGUACAAUAAUAGAUUCACUUUGCUGAUGUAGCUACCGCGGUGGGGUGGGCUGGACACUGAGGACCAGCUCACAUGUAACGCAUUGCCUGUAACAGUGCUAAUAAAAAGUCUCCUUCUU